AUGUCGCUUCGCUCUGCUCAAAGAACUGAGCCACAGUGGCAGUGGCCAGAGUUUGCAACGGAACCUACAGCUGGAGCUACAGAUAGCUCACAACGGCGAUCGAAAGUGACUGAUAAUACCCGAACCCAACCACGUGCACAGGAACCAAGUGAGGAAGACCCUUCUUCGUCCGCAUCUUCCGGCUCAUCCAGAUACUAUCAUUCCAGAACAUGCCGUAUUUGCCUGGAAGUUGUUCACCCCACCUUCCAGCCGGUCUCGGAGGAUCUUCCGGAUUUCCUCCAGUCCAUUCCUCGAGUUACUUAUGAGUCGUCAGACCCCGAGCUAGGGCGUCUCAUUAAGCCUUGCAAAUGCAAAGGAUCAUCGAGAUAUGUGCAUGAAGGCUGUUUGAAUGCAUGGCGACAUGCGGACGCUGCAUUUUCGGAGAGGAACUAUUGGCAGUGUCCCACGUGUGGCUUUCAGUAUCGACUUGAGAGGAUGAGAUGGGGUCGUUGGAUCACGAGCACCGCAACUCAGCUUGCUCUCACAGGCGUUAUACUUUUGCUUGCGAUGUUCCUACUUGGUUUUGUUGCUGACCCGAUAAUCAACCUGUAUAUUGAUCCGUUUAACACCAUACUUUCACGUUUAUAUGAUCCCGAUGCUGCAGAGAAGAUUAUCCAUCUCGACGAAGGUGCUCCGGAAAGGACAACAUGGCCUGAACAUUUCUUCAAAGGCCUUGCGUCUCUAGGCGUUUUGUCAUUUGUAAAAGUCAUAUUUGCGCUCUCUCCAUGGCAGUGGUGGAAUUUACGCAAUUCAAACCUUGUUGGCGGUGGGCGGAGGCCUGCCGCAACUGGCAGGGAUCGAGCCGCCCAAGUCGGCUGGGUCGUUCUUUUGAUAGGAGUGAUGACAUUCCUUUGGACUGUAUACAAAGGCAUACGGGCAUGGAGCCGUAAAAUGCUUGAGAAAGCUGGCGAUCGCGUUUUGGAUGUCCCAUUAGAAGACGAUGAUGAACCCGAGGACACCUUGCAUGCAGAUUCACGGGAAGUGCCAACUUCCAAGAAGGAUGAUUGA